AUGCCCGUACGCGCUCGGUGCUGUUCUGCGAGAACUACCAGGCUUGGUAUGACAGGAGCAACCUGGAACCAGGGCCCGUAUGCAACAAGAUACACACCAAGGACUAGAGAUAGGCUCUCAGCACUCGGUCGCCAGCUUUUGGAUGCCAGAUAUGGCCGCUCACGAGAGUCACACGCCACAGUUCCGACAGCUUCAUCUGUAGCCGGUGGUAACUUUGAGCACAGCGCGGCGUAUACUGGGCGCUUUUAUGACAGAACCGGAGUGGCUGUAGAGGGUAGCGUAUUGAAAUCCUCAACGACGGCGAAUGACCUGGAUGCGGAAGGCUUCUUGCGAGCGCACACUUCUCGAAUGUCGCUCUGUAACGAUGGUGCGCAGCGCUCGCUUCUCGCUGACCAGAGCUCGAUGGACACGAGCUCCCCGGUGUACCAUGGUAUAGCGGCCGCCAACGUAGGUGAACGAGACACAGAGCCGUUUAUAAAAGAGCCGAAUUUCUGGAUCACAACCGGCUCCAAGCCAGCGGUCACGCGGGCGGGGCGCGGCUCCCGAGCCGCUUUGGAGCCGAGGCCGCAGCCAGUGCUGCAUCGACUGCACACCACGGAUAGGGUCCUGGACAGUGCUACGAUCACAUCGCCAGCAACCGGUAGUGACCUGUCUCCACAACGCUUCCAGAGUUCGCUCCAAGCCUGUGUUGCAGGCAGCGCACCUGCAGAUACGUCGCCUCGUGCAUCCGCCACGAUGCCGCAGGCGAUCGAUGCGAACCGUCGGAUGCUCUACGCAAACGCUUCCCCCGCAUGGAAUCGUGCGGUACCCGAAGAUAACAGCGAGAACAACGACCUCGAUUCCAUAGACGCAGCAUCCAGUUUGGAUCCUGCUUCAGAGCGAGAUUUCUAUGACGAGAUUGCGACGGGGAGGCGUCACGACAUGAGUGCUAGACUUGAGGCUCUUUCCCCCGAUCGAGCGCCGAGUGUCUCGGCGUGCAGCUCAAAGAGCUCCCCGCGUUCCCCAGUGGCGUCCAAGAGCUUUGCGCAGUUGCCUGAUCCAGUCGCAGGACAAGCAUUCGAAUGGACAGAGGCGUGCGAUCCGUUCACCGAUGACGGCAGUGUAGAGGAUACGUCCUCGAGAUUUUCCACAGGUGAAAUAACCCAGAGGCUGGAGCUUUUGCAACAGUUGCAAGAGCGCCUCGAACGGAUCCGUGAAGACCUGAGGCAUCAAUUCGAAUCAGAUUCCCCGCCACGAGCGCACACUCGUGAUCAAAAUCAGUCGUUCGAACACGAUCCGAAAUGGAGGCUUAUCUCAGAACAUAUUCGGUGUCUGCGUGAGUUGUGGCGGCACGAGUCAAACCAGGCCAGCGAACUGCGUUCGGUACUCGCAAAGCAGCAGCAACAGCAGCAGCGACAAGAGAAGCAUGCAGGCCAGUGCUCAAGAUAUGGAGCUGCAGGGGUACCCGCGCCAGCCCGCUCACCCCGUCUCCAAGCUAGACAAUCAUCACCGUUGACAAGUCGCAUGUCUGCCUCUUUUGAGCGGUCUCUACUGCCCGAAAAUGAAAACAUGGACCCCAGUUCCAGCUGCGCCAUGCAAAACUGCGAGGGCUCACAUCACCAGCACCGUUUGACGGGCGGAAACUUCGCGUCGUCAGUCAACUCAAGAACACUCGUAGAGCGUGCUGCGUGCACCCACAAGUCCAAAGAGGCGGCGAAAAAGCACCUAGCCGGCGGCAAACGCGUUUGCUCGACUCGUGACGCAAAGAUGCCCGUUCGCGAAGCAGGUCGAGCAGCUCGCCAAGAAAACCGAGCGCGUGCAGUGGUUGUGUCUGCUUCGUGUAACCAGAAACCCGGUGCACACAAUGAUGAAGUGAGCUCGCAAACGGUUUCAGCGGCAGCACCGAUGCACCUUCUGGCUAACGAGGCCGCAGCGAGGCAUGCACACGUGUCGAAGGGAGCCACCGACACGUCACUGAGCAAAAUCCCUGCUCGACGCUGUGAGCGCUGCGCGUCACGGCUCAGUCGCACUCGCCAAAAGUUGCGAGUUGCGGUUCACGCUUUGGUUGCAAUGCUGCGGUUGACAAAGCGCGUCCAUCGAAGCAAAUCUUCGCCCGAGCCGAAAGCUCCAAACUUCGCCUCUCCUGGGCGGCGAGAACAAACGCCCUCGCACCGAACAAGAGCAGCGAGCGCUUGUUUGUCAGUUGCCCAGGCUGCGGAAAACGAGUACGAGCCGACGUUUCCAAGCCACCGAGCGACACGUUUCUCUGCACCGUUAUCAGCGCAGCCGACUACUCAGUUACUCGAGUCCUCGUCCGAGCAAGCCGACCCAGUGCAGGCACGAGCCAGGCGUCGAGGCAACGAAAGCUGUGACGGUCGUAGAGCGCGGGCGCUAUUCCAGGCGCCGCCUUGCGGCAGAGACCCCCGACGUGCCGACGUUCGAACAGUCUGUGUAUACCGCCAGGCACUGCGGCGGGUUCUUCGCCGACUCAUAAGCCUCACCGCAAGCUCGACUGCAACUGCGUCCAGUCCCGCACAACCAGCGGAGAACGCUGUAGCAUCUGAGCGUUGA